AUGCAUGAUCUCAUUUGUGAUGUGGCGUUAGCAAUUGCUUCUAGGGACAACAAUGUGUUUGCAUUAAAAGACGAAGAUGUUCUGAAAGAUUGGCCUAAUGGAGAGACAAUGGAAAAAUGCACCAUGAUUAGUUUGAGAUAUGCUAAUAUUAGCUAUUUUCCGAAAGAGUUGAAAUGUCCGCGACUUACCUUUUUCUUUGUGGGUAGCAAGGAUUCUUCUGUGAAAAUACCAACCAGCUUUUUCAUGGAAAUGAAAAAUCUUGAAGUAUUAGAUUUGACUAAGAUGCAUUUUUCGUACUUACCUUCAUCAAUUAGUCUUUUAAAAAAUCUUCGAACAUUGUGCCUAGAUCAAUGUGUGCUGGGAGAUAUUACCCUUAUUGGAGAGCUUAAGAAUUUAGAAAUUCUUAGCCUUUUGAGUUCUGAUAUUGAAAUGCUGCCUAAGGAAAUUGGGCAACUGGUUAAACUAAAGUUGUUAGAUCUGAGUGACUGUACCAAACUCAAGAUAAUACCACGAGGUCUCUUAUCAAGUUUUUCCAGAUUAGAAGAAUUAUUUAUGGCCAAUAGUUUUGUUCAUUGGGAAGUAGAGGGACAAGUCAAUGCUAGUCUUGCUGAAUUGAAGGCUUUGUCUUGCUUGACCACUUUAAAUGUUCAUAUUUUUGAUGCUAAGAUUAUUCCAAAAGACUUGUUCCCAGCGAAAUUGAAAAGAUAUAAGAUUUUCAUAGGAGAUCAGGCAAGGGAUAGGUUUUUUAAGAAUGAAUGCUUGAGAGCACUUAACUUGAAGCUAAACACAAGCAUUCAUCAUUUGGAUCCUGGAAUUAAAAGGUUGUUGAUGAACACUGAAGAUCUGUACCUUGAAGAAAUGAAAGGUGCCGAGAUUGUGCUGCCUGAAUUCCAUGACUGGCAUUGUUUUCGAUAUUUGAAGAAUCUCCAUAUCCAAAAUGGUUUGGAGAUCCAAUAUAUCGUUGAUGAUCAUGAUGCAGUUGAUAUAAUUGAGUUUCUCCAAUUACGAUCUUUGACACUUGAAGAUCUACCAAAGCUCGUUAGCUUCUGCUCUGAGAACAAACCGGGCUCUGCUUUCAUACCUCAACAUCAGUUGCCACUUUUCAGUCGAAAGGUUGCAUUUCCUACUUUGGCAAAGAUGAACCUAUCCCACUUGAGCAAUAUGAAGAUGAUAUGGCACAAUCACCUGUCUGCAAGUUCCUUUUGCAAACUGGAAAGAAUGGAGGUUAGACACUGUGAUGAGUUAUUGACUAUUUUUCCAUCUACUAUGCUGUUGGGAGGAACAUUCCAACUACUGCAAAGUAUGUCAGUAUCCCAUUGUGGUUCACUAGAAGAGGUAUUUGAACUACAAAUGUUAAAUAUGGAAGACCCGCGGGUUGUGGUUACCCAACUAAGAGAAUUGUAUGUUUUUAAUCUACCAAAAUUGAAGAAUGUUUGGAACAAGGACCCCCAAGGAAUUUUGACAUUUCAAAAUUUAAAUGUAGUAUACGUUAGGGCCUGUUGGAGUUUGAAGUAUGUGUUUCCGGCCUCAAUUGCCAGAGUUCUUCCACAACUUAAAGAUCUUACAGUAGAUAGCUGCGCAGUGGAGGAGAUUGUUUCGAAAGCGGAAGGAUGGGAAAUGGGUGUUACUAAUUUUGAGUUUGAUCAAGUGUCCUCCCUAGUGCUAUGGAACCUUCCAAAACUUAAAUGUUUUUAUCCAGGAAUGCAUACAACAAAGUGGCCAAUGUUAAAAAAGUUGAAAACAUACCACUGCAACAAAGUGAAGAUACUUGACAUCGGAUACCUUAAUUUGCCAGAAAUGAAUGAGGAUGACCAUUUGGAGUCCCCAAUCCAACCACCACUCUUGUUAGUUGAAAAGGUGGUUCCUAAAUUAGAAGAAGUGUCCUUGACCAGCGAUGACAUUGCAAUCAUAUGUGAUAGCAAGGUUUCCAAAGGCAUUUUCCAUGAAAUAAAAGCUCUUUAUUUGGAAUGCUACCACGAUGAAUCUGCUAUUUUCCCAACUAUCUUUCUUGAAAGAUUCAGCAAUUUGGAAAAGCUUGAGGUGAUUUGUUGCAAAUUUAUGGAUUUAUUCUCCUCCGAAGGAGGUUUUGGUAAGGGGACCAAUGCUCAAACGCUUUUACCUAUUAGAAACUUAAGACUGAACAGCCUUUAUUAUAAAAAACACAUAUGGACGCAAGGGUCACGACUUGACUGCAAUUUUCCCAAUCUUGAAACACUUGAAGUUUCCAAUUGUGGCAACUUGAUUAGCUUAGGAUUGUCCUCAACACCUUUUCAAAAUCUCAUGACUUUGGAUGUUCGGGAAUGUGAAGCAAUGAUAAACUUAGUUACAUCCUUAGCAGUCCAAAGUUUGGUCCAACUCAAAAAUUUGAGAAUAAAAAACUGUGUUUCAAUGAAACAAAUUAUUGGAAAUGAGGGAGAUGAUGAAGCAGCCUCUGUCAUUAUUUUCAACCGGUUGAAAUGUUUGGAACUUGGACAUUUACCAAGCCUCAAAAGCUUUUGUUCAGGCAAUCACACAUUUGGAUUCCCAUCUUUGGACCAAGUAAUUGUAAGCCAGUGUCCUGAAUUGGAGAUCUUUUGCAAGGGAGAGUUAAAUGCUCCAACUCUGCAAAGAGUACAAGUAACUGACAAAGAUGAGAAGGGACAUUGGGAUGGUGACCUUAAUAGCACCAUUCAACAGUUGUUCAAAAAAAAGGUUGACUAUGAAGCAAUGGAGUAUCUAAUGCUUACUGAGUUUUCCAAGGCAAUAGAGAUCUGGAGGGAUAAUCUUCCAAAAAGUUUAAAUUUAAAAAAUCUUAAAUGUUUGGAAGUUUAUGAAUGUAAUAGCUUGACAUACGUAUUUACCACUUCCAUGGUUUUGGAUCUUGUGCAAUUGAAGCAGAUGCAAGUUAGAAAUUGUCCGAUGAUGGAGCAAAUUAUCACAAAUGAUGGAGCAGAGGAAGCAGCUACAAACACAAUCAUGUUUCCUUCCCUUCAAUCCAUAAGUAUUGUGUCAUGUUCAAACUUAAGAAGUUUUUAUUUGGGAAGUAAUACGGUGGAAUGUCCAUAUUUGACAGCACUUGGGUUAGUGGAUUGCCCUAAGAUGGUUGCAUUCAUAUCUUCAUCUCCAAGAGAGCAGAAUAUAGAGAAUAUUGGUAUUGCACCAUUGUUCAAUGAUAAGGAAUACCCUUAG